AUGAACAAGUUGCGGAAGGAGUAUAACAGCUUCAGGCGGUUGUUGGAAACAACUGGAUUCAGAUGGGAUGCAAAUGCUCAGGCUGAAACAGCAGAGGAUUCUGUAUGGGAAUCAGCUAUUCAGGGAAAUAAAUAUUGGGCAAAGUAUAGAAGAAAUGGUCUUAAUUGGUGGUCAGAGUUGUUAGAGAUCUUCUUCGACUCAACUGCCCGUGGAGAUAGAGGGUUUUCCCAGUCUACUGCUGUUACUCCUCCAUCUACUAACCUUGCUAAUGAUAAUGAUGAUUUUCAGGAGAUUGAUCCUGACGACAAUGAUGGUAGUAGAGGCACACCCGAAAUAUCUGCUCCUCCUAAGUGGCAACUUGACAGGACUCCUAUGGGUCGUAGGAGGAAGAGUCAGACAAGGGCAAUCACGAACUCCACUCAGGACUUCAGAGAUUUUGUGAGGUGGAGGUUGGAUAAGGGAAACUCCUCUGCAACUUCAGCCGUAGUCCAACCUCCUGAUCCUAUGUAUGAUGGGCCACAUAGUAUGAUGAACUACUAG